AGGGUUAGCAAGAGCGGUGUCUCCGAGCAAGCUCUGAAGCUUGAAGAAAUUCUGUGGAUUUACCUCAUAUUUGUUUCCUUCUAAAUACUGGAUAUUUUCUUCAAAGGUUUUGGAAUCAAAAAGUGGACAAGCGAUACUUUAAAUCCUUCUAGAAAGGGAGCUCCAACUUGGUCGAAACGUCUAAUGUACUAAACGAAACGGAAGUAACUUGCCAGCUGUCUGGCUAAGCUUGCUAGUGUCUGAAUGUCAACUCUGUGGAUGAUGGAGUUGAGCAGGCAACUCUGUGGGAAAAUGAGGAGGUCCAGCAAGAGGGCCCAACUCUCUUCUUCUCCUUCUUCCACUUGCGGCCUGGAGAUCCACUUUUACACACCGGAGGUGCACCAGCAGGAGUACUUGAAAGGAUGCUACACUGUUGAGGAACUCUGUGUGGAAGCUGCCAAGAAAUGCUCGAUCUCUCCCUUGUGCCAAAACCUAUUUUCCCUGUACAAUGAGUCAACUGGCACAUGGUACCCGCCUAACUACGAGUUCAAGAUCACAGACGAAACCAGUAUCAAGUUGCACUAUCGCAUGAGGUUUUAUUUCAAAAAUUGGCAUGGCACCACUGAAGGAGAGUCUCCAGUUUGGAGACACUGCAUCAGUAAACUCAAAGGAGGACUUAGCCCACAGAAAACGCCGGAGGGAACGCCCCUUCUGGAUGCUUCAUCUCUCAACUACCUGUUUGCCCAGGGCCAGCAUGACUUUCAGAAGGGUGUGGUUCCACUGAGGUUGGCCCAGUCAGAGGCAGAGCAACAUGAGAUAGAGAACGAGUGUCUGGGCAUGGCUGUGCUUGCCAUCACUCACCAUUUCCUGUAUAUGUCCGUGCCCAUUGCGUCCCACGAAGUCAGCUACAAGCGCUUUAUCCCAGAGUCGCUGAACCGCAACAUUAAGCAACGCAACAUAUUGACACGCAUCCGCAUCAACAAUGUCUUCAAGAAAUUCCUCAGUGAAUUCAACCAACGCACAGUCCACGACGGCAACAUCACACAGUACGACCUGAAGAUCAAGUACUUGGCCACACUGGAGGGUCUGACCAGCGGCCUGGGCAGCGAGCUGUUUGAGCCCAUCUCACUCAGUGUUACACAGGAAGGAGAGCUCAGCAAUGGAGGCUAUCAUGUGAACAACAACCAAAUCCAAGGGGAGGGCCAGAGUCAAAACAUGGAGACAAGCCCCGACAUGCAAGUUUUGGUUAUUGGUACCACUGGCAUUUCCUGGAGGAAGAAGCCUGCUACAACAUCCAUGAUCUCCAAAGAAAAGGGCAAGUCAAAGAAGAACAAACAGGAUGGGAAACAGAAAAAUGACAGAAAGAAAGAGGCAACCGAAGGCUGGGUGGUGUUCUGUGACUUCCAUGAGAUUACACACACCGUCAUCAGAGAGGCAGUGGUCACCAUCUGUAGACAGGACAACAAGAAGAUGGAGCUGCAAAUGGCUUCUCGGGCUGAGGCUUUGUCAUUUGCAGCCCUUGUGGAUGGGUACUUCAGGCUUACAGUGGAUGCCCACCACUACCUGUGCAAGGAGGUGGCCCCUGCUUCAGUGGUGCACAACAUCAGCAAUGGCUGCCACGGACCCAUCUGUACGGAGUAUGCCAUCCACAAGCUGCGUCAAGACGGCAAUGAGGAGGGAGCCUACAUCCUGCGCUGGAGCUGCACUGAGUACCACAACAUCAUCAUCACUGUGGUCUGCACUGAGAUUGACCUGAGAGAUUCUCGUUCUGUGCGCCAGUAUAAGAACUUCCAGAUUGAGGUGGCCCCUGAAGGCUAUUGUCUGCACGGCACUGACACAUUGCGGUCCACUCUCAGGGAGCUGCUGGACCAUCUGGAGGGCCAGAAUCUUCGCACCGACAACCUGCAGUUCCAGCUGCUCCGCUGCUGUCCCCCACAACCCAGAGAGAUUUCUAACCUGCUCGUGGUCACCAAAGAUAGAGCUCCGGCCCCUCAGACACCCAUGCAGGAGAGUCAGCUCAGCUUCCAUCGCAUUCUCAAGGAGGAGAUUGAACAGGAGGAACACCUUGGCCGAGGAACAAGAACCAACAUCUACUCGGGCACACUGAGGAUGAAGAGUGAGGAAGAUGAAGAUGCAGGUUACUCAUCCUUCCAGGAGGUCAAGGUUGUCCUGAAGGUGUUGGGUUCUGGACACAGGGACAUCUCCUUGGCCUUCUUUGAAACAGCCAGCAUGAUGCGACAAGUGUCCCAUAAACACAUAGUGCUUCUGUAUGGAGUGUGUGUCCGCCACCUGGAGAAUAUCAUGGUGGAGGAGUUUGUCCAACUAGGACCACUGGACCUGUUUAUGAGAAGGCAGCAGAGUCAGCUCGACACACCAUGGAAGUUCCAGGUGGCCAAACAGCUGGCCUCAGCUCUCAGCUACUUGGAGGACAAAAAGCUGGUCCAUGGCUUUGUGUGUGCUAAGAACAUCCUGCUGGCCAGAGACGGAGUGGAAAAAGGAGGACCAGGACCUUUCAUCAAGCUCAGCGACCCAGGAAUACCAAUCACAGUGCUCACCAGAGAGGAGUGUGUACAUCGUAUCCCAUGGAUUGCUCCGGAGUGUGUGAAGAGCUUGUCUGCCCUGAGUAUCGCAGCUGACAAGUGGGGUUUUGGUACCACUCUGUGGGAGAUCUGCUAUGAUGGAGAAGUCCCCCUCAAAGACAAGAAACUCACAGAGAAGGAGCGGUUUUAUGAAACAGAGUGCCAGCUGGCUACCCCUGACUGCGUAGAGCUGGCUAAACUGAUGACGGACUGCAUGAACUACGACCCCAAGAAAAGACCUUUCUUCAGGGCUAUUGUCAGAGAAAUUGAAGAGCUAGAAGAAAAAAACCCAUCCAUCCAACCCCAGCCUACACCAGAAGUGGACCCAACUGUGUUUGAAAAGAGAUUCCUGAAGAAGAUCAGAGACCUGGGAGAGGGCCAUUUUGGUAAGGUGGAGCUGUGUCGCUAUGAUCCUCGGGGAGAUAAAACUGGCGAACUGGUGGCAGUGAAGUCACUGAAGCCCGAGAACCGGGAGGAGCAGAGCAACAACCUCUCAAGUGAGAUCGACAUCCUGAAGGCACUCUACCAUGCCAACAUUGUCAAAUACAAGGGCAUCUGCCAAGAGGAAGGUGGUCAGGCCAUUAAGCUGAUUAUGGAGUAUCUUCCACUGGGCAGUUUGAAGGAGUAUCUUCCCAGAAACAAAAACAAAACCAGCCUCAGCACCUUGCUUAGCUACUCUCUCCAGAUAUGCAAGGGAAUGGAAUAUUUGGGAUCUCGGAAUUACAUCCACCGAGACCUGGCUGCCCGAAAUGUGCUGGUGGAGAACGAGGGUACAGUGAAGAUCGGAGACUUCGGCCUCACCAAGAGCAUCAAGGACAACGAGGGAUAUUAUACUGUCAAGGAUGACCAUGACAGUCCAGUUUUCUGGUAUGCUCCAGAGUGUCUGACUUUCUGUAAGUUCUACCUUGCCUCAGAUGUUUGGUCCUUUGGGGUGACGAUGUACGAACUCAUCACCUAUUGUGACUCCUCCAAGAGCCCGAUGACGCUCUUCUUCGGUAUGAUUGGUAAAUCUCAUGGUCAGAUGACCAUCAUUCGAUUGGUGAAGGUGUUGCAAGAAGGGAAGAGGUUGCCACGUCCUGAUGGCUGUCCAGAGAAUGUGUACGAGCUGAUGCGCAAGUGCUGGGAACAGCUGCCUGAAAGGAGAAUCACCUUUAAGCGCCUGAUCGAGGAGCUGACCGUGCAGCAACAACAAAACAACAACUCAUAAAACAAAACUUCCAGCUGUUUGAGGCUCUGGGAGUACAGUUAACUGUGCAUGCAGACUUGAAGACAGACGUAAACGGCAGAAUGGGCCACAGAUCAGCAUCUGCUUGUGCAGCUUCAUUUUACUGAGAGACGGUCCUGAAGGGUCAGAGCUUCACACAAAGCCACGCUUCUUCACAUAUAGCCCUUACACAACCAUGAUAUAAAGACUGAUAUGACAUGAUAUAAUCCUAAUCAACUAUCAUUUUAGUCAGCCAUAUUUUUUAUUUUGUAUUUGAUGGUUUGAUAUUUGUCACUCAGUUACUUUAUGAGUAUUGUGGAUUAACCAAUGCUAAAUGUGACCUUAUCUCUUCCAAAAGGACUUCCAAGUGUAUCUCACUCAUCUAACUGUCUGCAGUUCGGGAAGUGUGAAACUCAUGUCCACCUGUUGCUUGUUUAUUGUAAUAUGCUCCAGAGGCCUUAUAGCUGUUUGGACUCAAGGCUAAUAUCUCUUUCACUGAUGGAGGCUGGUAAGAUGGAAGCAGAGAAAGGAACUGUUUUAACACACACUUUUACACAGGUAAAUAAUCAUGUGACGGUCUUUGUGAUGGAUAUCGAGUGAAUUACUGAUGAAUUUGGGGGGGGGGGGGGGGGUUGAGAAGAGCUUGAAUGAACGGGGACACAGGCAUUAACACAGAUACUGAAGAUGUGAUUUUCAGUGAUAUAUGCCAUGCUGUUUGUUUCAUGGACUCCUCUGUUUGGGAGAAAAUCACCUGGUUUUCUUUCUUUUAGUUUUUAGAGCCAUGCAGUGAUCUGUGAUAAAGGUUUAGAUUUUCUGUUCAGGAUAUACAGAUGUGGUCAUUGAGAACUGGCAUUAAAUUAGAGCCAGCAAUCAGUCAGCAAUGUCCCUGUCACUAUAUUGUUGUCGUCAGUCUAAACAGUCAAUUAGUCAAUCAACUGAAAAUUAAUCAAACUAUUUUAAUAAUCGGUUGAAGUCAUUUUAGUCUUUCGUUUAUUGGUUCUAUAUUCUGUGUCUUUGUAACUUGAGUAUUGUUGGGGUUUGGACUCUUGGUUUAACAAAAUUUGAAGACCUUAAGUUUUAAGGCAUUUUUAACCAUUUUUGGACAUUUAGUAAACAAUAUUGAGAAAUUAUUCCACAAAUGAAUCUGACAAGACAAUAAGAAUAUUUUCUCUGUGUAGCUGCAUUUGUACCAGAACAGAAAAUCUAGUUUUUCUUUUACAGUUUAUGACUGGAUGUUUAUGCUGUUAAUAGUUUCUUCCUCUUCAAUCCACCAGAGCUAGAUUAGAUUUUUCAGAAAGAGGGGAAAAGUACAUCUUUCGGACAUUAUGCAAUGUCCAAUCUUGACAUUUAGGAGACCGAAUGUUUGAAGACGUUUGGUUAAUAUUUUCAAUCUCUGUGAAGUGGGCAUACAUUUAAAAAGAAAAAAGUCCUUUAUGCAUCUUGAAUCAUGCUUAAAUCACCUAUAUAUAGCACUUGUGUAGAUAAGGAGAGAUUAAGAGAAGUACCUGUGAGAGUCACUAGAGGGCAGUAAAACAGUAGUACAUUUGUUCUGUAGUAUUACAUCUCUGUUCAAAUAUGUAAGGACCACAAAUACACAUUUAAGUGUGUGUGUGUGCGCUCGCGCGCGCGUGUGUGUGUGUGUGUGUGUGUGUGUGUGUGUAAGAACCUCGGGGGUUCACAGGGUUUGAAGUGAGGGAUUAAUCAGUGAUUUUUUUUUUUUGCUGAUUAUUUACAUGGCAUUUGUUUCUGAAAAAUAUAUUCCUUUUACUGUCAUUCAGUUAUAUUUCUGCAUUUUGUUUGUAAAAUUUCCUUUUUAAUUCUCCAGUAUGUCAGGAAAUUUAUAAAACUAUUUUAUCUAUGUAUGUGUCAUAAGGUUUUAGCAGUGGGUUUUUUGUUUUUUUGUUUCAAAUUCAUUAGUGCGUAGCUGUGAAAUCUUGUUCAGUCACAUAUCACAACUUCGGAAAUGAUCCAAUUCAGUUUAAUGCAACUCAAUGGCUCUUACUGUGAAUGUUGGCAGAAUGUCGGAAAAAAACCAAAACUAAACUAAAGGACCGUCAGUGGAGACUAAGUUGUGCUUCAGUCCACAUUUUAUUUAGGAAUGUAAAAGACAAUUCCAUCUGCUCAAAAUAAGAGAAAAGAAAUAUAUAUAUAUAUUUUUCAAAAUAUAAGACAAAAGUAUGAAUUAUGGAAGGUAAAAGUAUACAUAAAUACACAAUGAAAAAAUAAAUAAAAUCAAUGUUUGUCAUGUUCCGUCUGUGUCAGUCUAAAUGCAAUAUCAUUAUUAUCAACAAUUUGUUCUAUAUAUUACAGUUGUAAGUAGGCAUGCUAAAAUUGCUCUAGAAAUACCUUAUUCACAGUAAAACAAUAUCAACGUCAGUCUGAUAUAAAAUUUUUAAAUCUACAGUAUAUGUCAGGUCAGAAAAAAAUCCACGUACUUUAAAAGCAAAAACUGUAAACACAGCAAAUUAAAGUGUGUCAGAAAAUCAGAUAUACUUCAGUAUUGCAAAGCUUUGUGAUCAACACACACACACACACCCACACACACCAUGUGUGACUUGUCAUUCACUAUUGCAAAGUCCCGCCUCACCAGCGACCUUUUGAAAUAAGUAAUAUUCAUACUGGUCUAAUGGCAGCACACUGACGCUUACAGGAGGCUUUGUUUACAUAAGAACAGAAAAAUCUGGAUUUUAACCUUGAUUCAGCCACGUUUGUGUUAUUCCUACAAACAAAAACAAAAAAAUCACAACUAAACUACACCAGAGUACAAAUAAGGGUUUCUGUUCUGAUAUAAACAAAGGUUCUGUAAAAAUAAAACUGACUGCAUUUUCAUGGCAAUAUCAGAGUUCCAUUAAAAACCUAAGACCGAAAAAUAAGCUGCACUUUACUCAGCAACAGAAUUUAUCUUGAUAUCUUGGUCACCUGAACAUUGUGGGAGAUUCAGAGAUUCGAGGACAUCCCUCAGCUUGUGUGACUAUGCCGGCUUCUUGCAAUGUUGUUUUCAGGGAAAUGGGUCCCCUUUGUGUACAAUCACAAUGAGGACGUUGCGUCUUUGUGGCAACAGAGAUGCAACCAUUUCUCCAUAGGUCCAACUAAACAUUCCCAAGUAGAACAAAAGGGCCUGAGAUUCUACAAACAGUACAUUCAGAAAGUAUUCAGAUCCAUUAAAAUUAAUUUCAACAAUUUUAGCGUAAGGCUGCAACAUUACAAAAUGUGGAAAAAAUGAAGGGCUUUGAAUACUUUGACUGUAGGUAACUACUCACAGACAUCAAAAAUGAUUUCUUCUACAGUCGUAGAAUUACUUGUAUUUUAUACUAUCAUACUCAAACUGUGGGAGGCAGUUUUAAAGAUAAUAUUGCAACAUCAGUUCAACUCCAAAAUGAUGUAUCCAUCAUUUAAAAAAAAAAAAAUUGAACUUUUAAAAUGAUGAAUGACAUAAAAUUGAUGCUUUCAGGAAACACAUCAGUAUUGUGGGUAGGCGAAGUAGUCCUUUGCAGAGCAGAAGCAGACAU